UUUGGGCCUCAAACUUUGCAACUGUAGUGUAUGAUUUAAUCUAGGACGACUAAGUUAUUGUAAUGUUCUAUUUGCAAAAUCUAUAUUUUACUUCAUGAUUGUACAGACACCAGAUCCUACAGUUCCAACCUCUGUCCCCAGAGCCACUGCAGAUGUGUCCAAUCCCGCUCAGCCAUGCAGGAUCGUCUCUACUGCUCCUUCUGGGGCAUUAUUGCAAGGUCCAUCUGUAGUUCAACUUCCUCGUUUGUGGUCUGAGACCAUACCACCAGAGGAUCACAAGUGGAUUGGCAAAAGGCUUUUCAAAAUUGGAUCCAAAGGAAAGCCAGCACUUCGUGAUGACCUCCAGCUCUGGUAUUACCCCCCACAACCAGCACUUAUUAACAAUCAGGCUUCAGCUCCAGACAGAUUCUUUUGUCAUACUCUUCUGCUGUGGAUGCCAUACAAGCUGUGGAGGGUUAAGGUUCUCUGUCCCAAUCCAGCCUGCGGACAACAUCAGCUGACAGGAGGUGGUCUGCACAAAAGGGCACAACAGGUUCUAGACAUUGACAGAACAUAUAAUAUGGUCACAGAAACCCUUAUCUGUACAAAGUGUAGAGCCUCGCAUGUGUCCUGGAGUCAGACUGUCCUGCAACAGCUAGAUCUGGGCCAUCGCUCUGAGUUUCAGGUCAUCCUCACGCGGAAGUACGCCUGUGAUAUGCGGGUCAUCAGGCUCUUGCGUGAGCGUGGCUUAGGCAAUAGUCCCACGCGGGUGAUAAAGCAGCUGCGUGAAAACCACAGCGAGCAGUGGCUCCAUCGUGUGGCCCGGUACACCACCCAAUGUGUUGACUUCCUCAAUCAACCCGGGGUGAUGCCAGUAAAUUUCCAGGAGCCCCCAGACCCUACGGUGGUGCCAAGCUGCAAGUGGUUGCUCACCGUUUACAGCCAAGACAUUCUGACCAGGCUGGAUGAAAUCCAUGCCAGAAUAACAUCCACCUAUGGCUCUGUCUUGAAGAUGGAUUCUACUAAAAAGAUCACCAAGAAGCUGGCUGGGACAGCGAGGGGAACGGGACUCUGGCUUACCUCUGUUGGCAACGAGUUUGGUCAGGUGCUCAUAAGUGUGCUGACAGCCCAGGAACGAGCAGGACUUGACAUGAUGGUAGAUGGUCUGGUGAAAAGAUACCAGCAGGCUGGUGUAAAUCCACCUUCUGUGUUGUACGUGGACUGUGGGUGCUGCAGUGAGGUGAACGAGAGCAAGCUGAAAACCAGGUUUAGGGGCUGGCAAGAUCUCAUGAUACGCUUGGACAUCUGGCAUUUUAUGCGCAGGAUUGCCUUGGGGUGUACAACUGAUGCCCAUCAGUUGUACCCCAUCUUCAUGUCACGGCUAUCAGCAUGCAUCUUUGAAUGGGAUGCAGCUGAAGUCUCUAUCCUUCGCAAAGCAAAGAGAGAGCUGUUGAUGUCCCAGGGUUGGCCUGCGCUGACAGAUGAUGUAAACAAGCAUCUGACCAGGGAGGAGAUGGCUCUACAUUGCCGGAGGAGGACCCGUGGAGAGGAGACUACCAUCCUUCUCCUUGAACAAUUGUUUACAGAACUCCUGAGCAGCAAGGGAAAUGACUCUCUGGGUGUUCCUCUCUUGGAUCGAGAAAGGAUGGAGCACAUCUGGUGUGUCCAAAAGAAGCACAUCAAGUGUAUCCAAGACCCUCUUGGUGUUGCCCUCUAUACUGAGACCCGGAGCCUAACCAAGGGAGGUGUGCUUCUGAAGACUUACAGAUGUGCCAGAGGCUCCACUUCUCUUGAAUCCUUUCAUUUACACCUUAACCGUUUCAUCCCAGGGACCAGUGCAAACAGUCUGAACUUUCAGAUUUAUUUGUUGGAGGGUCUACACAGGUGGAACCAGGAUCGGGAGGCAGCUUCCAUGUCAUCUGAGCCAUCAGCUUUACGCAGCUACACAGGAGAACUUGUUCACUGUGUAAACAGCAAUUAUGAAAAGAUGUUUGGCAGGAUAGUGGUCCCCACGUUUUGUGAGCUCAUUGGAGUGCAGUAUCUGUUCCAGCAGACUGGUCAGGCACUGCAGGACAUGAACCCAGACUCUGAAGAGACGGCAGAACUCAUCGAGGAACUUAAUGUGGAGGAGCGAGAUGAAGAUGAGGGCUUCUGUGAUGUCAGUGAGGAUCACACAAUUGCAGAUCCCGAGGAUGUUCUGUCACCUCCCUCCUCCACUCUGACAUUGGGUUCUUCCACCGUGGUCACCAGCAGUGACACGGCUGUACUGGGUUCCACAUCCCUUUCACUGGUCCCUGAUCCUACACCUGCUCCUUCAUCACCUGGACCCUCGGGGACUGCUGUGCCACCUUUUCCCUCUGAAACAUCUGUUUCACUACUUUCCUCAGAGCCAGAGGAUGCUGGUCAGGAUGAUGAUGACGAUGAAGAGACUGCUGUUGACUACCAAAAUGUCCCGGGAUACCAACAUGUGGACAAGCUGGCAGAAUAUCUGGUGGAGCUCCGGGGUCACAAAGCCCUUAGCCUGACCAAUCAGGAAGCCAGCACCAUAAUUGAACUUUGGCAGAACCUGGUUGACCAGGACAAGCAACGGGUGGUGUAUGCAGCUAGACACCAGAAGAGACUGCUGAGUGGACGCUUCAGAGUACCAAAGAGGCCCACUAAAACCCCAGGAGUAGAGAGCACCAUCAGAAGUGUGCUGGGAGCAAGCAGCGCACCUGCUCAGUGGCCCGACUGUUGCCGUCUGGUGGAAACCAUCUUCAUCAGGCUUUGCAAUACCCACCCAAGAGAAAAGGCAAGGGAACGCUGUCGAGAUGGUCUCUAA